CUUUGGGCUAUUACUGUAUAAAAAGAGUACACAUGCAUUGCCAGCAGAUCUCACCUCGCCUACCACCAAAAUGAAGGUCACUAUCGUGAUUGCUUCUCUCCUUGGUGUUUUCCUGGCGCCAGCUCUUGCUCACAGGAAAAGCGAGAGAAACCUCAAGGGGCACCGCAGUGUGAGCUUGUUCUAUGACCCAGAGGACAACAUCUACCCAGAGGAGGGCUCCGACCCUUGGAAAUCAGUCUGGGAUGUGAAGACGGGCUAUGUUGCCACCAAGGUAUUGUCAAAACACACCUGCAUCAUCUCUAAAAUGGACGAGAGUUUCCUGUUUGAUGACGGGUUUCCUGAGCCACCUCUAGGCAACCAGGGAUCUGACCCUCGCCCGCUUCCACCCAGAGAGAAUCGCCUCCUCAUCUCAAGAGACAGGCUCCAAAGCUUGCGCCCAUAUGGAAAACGCAUUCAAGCCCUGUGCAGAGGGGUUCCCUCUUACCUGGCUUACCCAGCUGCUGGCUCAAACUUCGUUAUGGAAGAGGCUUCAUGCUUCAAAGUUAAGGUUAAUGAACAGCUUUUCCAUUACUGUCAUUAAUUCCUGAAGGAUUAGACCAGCAUCUGCAUGAACAGGAUUUUCCUCCCCGAUAACCCGCUCUUGAUCACA